AUGGCUCAUAUUUUUGCAACAAGUGAGAGAACCAAGAAUAUUAUGAUUGAGCUCUUAGCUAACUCCAACCAUGAUUGGCUAUCUAGCUACUUCAUUAAAUUGACACCAGAUCAACAUCUUGACCUGGAAUUCACUGAUUUCCUUACAAAUACAAUAUCGUCAAAUUUGUCUAUAAUCGUCCUUGAUUCCACUCCUGAUAUCCAGAUUUACAACUACCUUCAAUUAAAAUUUCUUCAAAGCCAUAAGGAUAUAAUAAUAUCACCUUCUUCUCUGAAAUCAAUUGAUUCUCAAAUCACAAGAUUUGAUCAAUUGGUAAAAGAAAUCAAUCAAAUGAAUCUUUCACUCGCUUUUGAUAUCGAUAAGGAUAAAUUAACAUUUCUAAUGCUUAAUUUACCUAUAUUCACAGAAUUCUAUGACACUCAUACUAAUCAAGCCAAUGAAGACAUGACUAGUAUCUUUUAUGAAUUUAUUGAGAAAUUUAAUAGUAUUAAGGAAAUGGCAACUUGUGGCGAAGAACGAGAAUUUAAAGUUUAA